AUGGCAACGGCAAGAGAAGCUCAACCGCCGGUAAUGUUAACGUCGGGCGCAAGUGGGCGUGUCAAUGCUUUAUUCUCACCUCGAUUGUUGAAAAGUCUGUUGAUGCUUGUGGGUGCUUUUUUAAUGUUACUUGUGGCUCCAUUUCGAGGGAGAAUUUUUAGAUUUGGGUCGCCUUCAUCAUCUUCGCCUACGGCGGAGAAAUGUAGAGAUGAGAAACAGGAGAAGGGCGGUUGUGGGAAUGGUGGAGGUGGAGGUGGAGGUGGAAUUCAGAGGAAGAAAGUGCCGGUUGUUGUUAGGGUGCCGGCGAAUGUACCGUGGAAGAGUAGUUCGAUUGUAUUGGCUGCGGUUGAUCAGGAUGUUAUGUUGAGGAGAUCGAUUGCGAUUCAGAGGGUGGUGAAAAGUGGAGAUGAGAAGACGGGGAGAGAGUUUUCUUUUCAUGUUACUCCUAGAGGUGAUACUUUGUUUACGCAAUCGUGGACUCCGGUUUUUGGCGAUGUUAUUAAGGGGAUUGUGGUGAUUAUGCAUGGAUUGAAUGAACACAGUGAGAGAUAUAAGAAAUUCGCAAAGCUUCUAAAUGCAAAUGGGUAUAAGGUUUAUGGAAUUGAUUGGAUUGGACAUGGUGGAAGUGACGGUCUCCAUGCUUACGUUCAUUCGCUUGAUGAUGUUGUUUGCGACACAAAAUCAUUUCUGAAGAAAACUAUAGCUGAUAAUCCAGGACUUCCAUGUUUUUGCUUUGGACACUCCACUGGUGGCGCUAUAAUCCUUAAGUGUGUGCUUGAUCCAAAGAUCGAAGCUUGCGUAUCUGGAAUCAUACUUACAUCCCCUGCAAUAGGAGUUCAACCAACCCAUCCAAUUCUAACAAUGCUUGCCCCUGUAUUUUCCUUCUUAUUUCCAAGGUACCAACUGAGUGCUGCAAACAAACAAGGAGCAGCAGUUUCACGGGACCCUAAAGCAUUGGCAGCAAAGUAUUCAGAUCCGUUAGUGUACACAGGUUCAAUCCGGGUAAGAACCGGGUAUGAACUCCUACGAAUAUCAGCCUACUUGCAGCAAAAUCUGAGGAGGGUUAGAGUCCCAUUUCUUGUACUUCAUGGUACAGUUGAUGGUAUUACAGAUCCAUUGGCUUCACAAAAGCUAUAUGAUGAGGCAUCUUCAUCUGACAAAUCGAUUCGAUUGUUGGAGGGUCUUUUGCAUGAUAUACUGUUUGAACCUGAAGGUGAAAUGAUUGCCAAGGAUAUAGUAGAUUGGCUAAACUUGAGAGUUUAAAUGUUUAAUGAAA